GUGACAAACCGUGAUAUGUCAUAAUAUGUGCGAUUUUUUGUUUUAUUGCUAUUUCUGCUGCUUGUGUAAAUCAUCAAUUUUUUAAUAGUAUUUUUUAUUUAAUAUCGAUACAAUUUGUGAAAUAAUAUUUAACAUCGUAUUAUAAUUAUAUUUUUAUGGAUAUUUUAGUGCAUUCGAAAUAGGCUUAGUGAUAUCUGUGUUUCAAGGAUAUUUUUGUGUAAAUAUGUUUCUGUUUUGUACGUAAGAUUAUGUAGUGAUAUAAUUAAUGGCGAUUUAGAAUUAUAUUAAAUUAAAAUGAGCGGUAGACCAAGGACGACGUCGAUUGCUGAGAGUAGCAAACAAUCCUCACAGCCAAGUUUUACUGGAAUCAAAACUACAAGUAAAGAUGGGAGUAAAGUUACUACUGUUGUUGCAACACCUGGUCAAGGACCAGAGAGACCUCAAGAAAUUUCAUAUACAGAUACCAAAGUUAUUGGUAAUGGAUCCUUUGGAGUCGUAUAUCAAGCUCGUCUUUUAGAGACUGGCGAAUUAAUAGCUAUUAAAAAAGUGUUGCAAGAUAAAAGAUUUAAAAAUCGAGAAUUGCAAAUCAUGAGAAGAUUAGAUCAUAGCAAUAUAGUUGAAUUGAAGUACUUUUUUUAUUCAAGUGGUGAUAAGAAGGAUGAAGUUUAUUUGAAUCUGGUCUUGGAAUUCAUUCCAGAAACAGUGUAUAGAGUUGCAAGACAAUACAGCAAAUCUAAGCAAACGAUACCUAUUUCUUUUAUUAAGUUAUAUAUGUAUCAGUUAUUUCGAAGCCUAGCCUAUCUUCAUUCCCUUGGAAUUUGCCAUCGUGAUAUCAAACCUCAGAAUUUAUUGUUAGAUCCAGAGACUGGUGUUUUGAAGUUAUGUGACUUUGGAAGUGCUAAACAUCUAGUUAAUGGUGAACCAAAUGUGUCAUACAUUUGUUCGCGCUAUUAUCGAGCUCCUGAACUUAUUUUUGGUGCAACAGAUUAUACUACCAUGAUCGAUGUUUGGUCAGCUGGAUGUGUUUUAGCAGAAUUACUUUUAGGUCAACCAAUUUUUCCAGGAGACAGUGGUGUAGAUCAACUAGUUGAAAUAAUCAAAGUUCUGGGCACUCCAACAAAGGAGCAGAUCCGCGAGAUGAAUCGUAACUAUACGGAGUUUCGCUUUCCCCAAAUUAAAGCUCAUCCAUGGAGCAAGGUAUUUCGAGCUAGGACUCCACCAGAGGCUGUUGAUUUAGUAUCAAAGCUCUUGGAAUAUACACCUUCUGUUCGAUGUACCCCCCUCCAAGCUUGUGCUCAUCCAUUUUUUGACGAAUUAAGGGAACCUGGAACCAGAUUGCCGAAUUCACGAGAGCUACCACCUCUUUUUAAUUUCACUGACCAUGAACUGAAGAUCCAACCCUCAUUGAAUUCCAUUCUGAUUCCACUGCAUAUUCGCAAUAGUAGUCAAAACAAUCCUCAUGGAUCUAUUGGAACAAAUAAUCCUAGUUCUGUGGUUGAUACUAGCUCUGGAGGAAUGUCCCACAUGGCAGCUGAUUCUAAUAUUAGCAACUCAGUUUCAUUAACAGCACCAGGUGGCAGUGUUACUGCAGCACAGAUAGGGGCUUCAACUUCUACUGCAACUGCAUGACAUUCUGGCAAUCUGAAGGCAGGCAGCUAAGCCGUUCGUUCUUCUCUGGGCUAGCCUCAAAUUGUACCAAAACAGAUAUCUGGAGGCCAAAUAGACACAUGCUCUCCUUUUAUUAGUUUCUUCAAGAACUCAAACACUUUUCAGUGUUAUGGUACCUGAGAACUAGGUUGUGUAAAUAAAUUGAAACUUUAAGUAUGGUAUUACCUUGAAUAAUGAAAUAUUUUAUUUAAAUUAAUUUCGUAUAGCUAUCCAGUUAUCAUCUGGGUGAUUUCAUGAUGACUGAAAUAUUAACUAGAUCAAUCAAACAAGAUAAUCUGAGUUUUCAGUUCUUGCCUGCAUUGCUAAUAAUAUCAAGCCAUCUUAUUUUUGUUGCCAAGUUUAAUAUGAUUUUAAAUUUAAUCAUUAUGGUUGUGUCCUAAAAGAGAUUUUUAUGUUAAAAUUUAGAUGAUUUGCAUAACAUUUUAUCAUAUAUUUAAAAAAAAAAUCUAUUUCACUCUUGUUUUCAUAUAUUUUGCUUGUCUUUGUUGAAUUUCUGAUUUUCUAUUUAUGUUAAUUGUUUAAAUAUUUUGGAUGGUACGUUGUAUAGUGGAUUAUAAUGGUAGGAAUAUAUGAUGUUUAAUUAUUGCUAAGGACAAAUUUUCUUAUGUAUAGAUCUGUAUUUAACUAAUUUUCUUCUCUUGCGUCAAGUUCUGAAUAUUUAUUUAACAUUGUCUUUCUGUGUCUACCUGUAACUUUUUAAACUGUUGAUAAACUUUCCGGCUGACAAUUCUCACUUGCACCGAGUCACAGAUGGACUACUUGCCCAGUUCUAGCUUUCACAAGCAUUUUAGCAGUCUGCUCCUAAUAAAAUUUACGGUAUAGUCAUGCCACGAAAUUAUAAGAUGCUUAUAUUUAAAAAAUAUAUAUAUAUAUUUCCAGUGGAUAAAUCUUAUACAGUUUCUGAUAAAUUCUAUGCUGUUUUGAAGGUCAUGUUCAGAGGUAAAUAUUUAGAGUGUUUGAUAAUUUCAUGUUUGCUUCUGAAAGUAUAUUGUAUAUCCCUGUGACUGAUUGACAGUUUUAUACUAUACGAUGUCUCCAGUGUGAUGUGAGGUGACUAUUCCUGGUAUUCUGUUAAUAAUGGAACAAAGGAAUGUGCAACACAUGAGAAUGCCUUUUAUUGUGUUAAUAUUAUACUUGUAAUUUGGGGAAAUCCAAGUUGGAAGUGUCUUCUUUGCAAAGAUUUGUUAUUAGGUAUUCUUUAAGAAAAUUUAUGUUGCUGGUAUUAUUAAACAUCUAUGUUCUUAUUUUUAACAGAAUAUGAUCAUUUUAUAUUUGUAAUAUGUAUUUUAGUAUUUAUUGUUAGUUAAUAGUAGAUGCAAAUAACUCUGCCUGUUAUCUCAGGUAUUGGAAAGCAAAUAGAAGAAUCUAGUUCUCCUCCCCCAUCAUUUCUUUUUAUUUGUAUGUGCAUGUGUGCACGUGUUUUGUAUAAAAUAAGUAUGAAUAAUUUGUCUCAAAUUGUGAUAUAUAUAAACUAUCCUCACUUUUCCCAUAACCAUUUAAUUAAUGUCAUGAAAAAUACUUUAAAGGUUCCUUCAUACUUAUGUGUUAAAUAUGACGCCUGUUUCUUUCAAUAAUUUUUAUUCUUUUUUACAUAUGCUAUUUUUUAAUGGUGAAAUAUGUUACGUGUUUAUGUAAAGCACAUUUGAAAUGUUUUUAGAAGAAUUCUUAAAAAAAAAAAAAAAUUGUAGAUUUAAUUAUGGCCAUAAUAAUGUUAUAAACCUGCAAAGUAAAUACAUUUGAAAUCAUUUUAACUCAGGAUAUCUGUCAAAUUUAUAUACUUAAGUUUUUGAAAUGUGCAACUAUAAAAAUUUAUCAGUCUGAGUGUCCAUUUAUGUUUGUACUACCAUGUAAAUAAUAAAUUUCCCAGUAUAAAGCAUCUUGGACUUUGGAACAAAAUUGUCUGUUUAUAUUGUUUGUAUUAACUAAACAAAGUUACCUAUUUAACUGCUUUUUCUGUUAACUUUAAAAAGUCUUUUUAACAAUGAAUUUUAGAGAGUAUAUACAUGUAUAUAUAUGUGUGUGUGAAGUUUUAAGAAAAGCAUACUUAAAUGUGACCUAUAGAAAAGAUUCAUUUUAUUUCUAUAGUUUUAUUAAAUUAGUUAUUGUUAAAAAAACUAUUCAGAGAUGUAUUAACUUUCAGUCAGAGUAGCAAGUUAUUAAAAUUACUUUCUUGUUACUGUAUUAUCUAAUAAAUUAUUUUGGGAACACUGUAAUUAAUGUAAUUUUUAAUAGUUUUUGUGAUUGUGAAUCUGUUACUGUUUUGAAGUAGCAGAUUGAUUGAGAAGUUACAGAGAAUUGUAGUCUAGUGAUCAGAAGCUGUAGCAUAAAGAGCAUGAAUCAUACUUUGUCACGAUGUGGACAGCAGUGGGAGUUAAUAAAAAUUUGCAGUUGAUAAUAUGGAACUUUAUUAUAUGCAGCUGUCUGUUUCUAUAGCAAUAUUAUUCUUUAGAUCAACUAUAUGCCGUAUUUAACACAGUAGAUUCAGUAUGAAUGAAAUUUUUAAAUAUAAAAAGCUGAUAGCUUUCAACAAAGUUAGAAUUUUUUAUACUUUUUUAAACAGAAGUAAUUAGUUACAGAUAGGUUAUACGUUUGCUUAACUUUUGAAUAUGUUGACUGAAUUUUAUAUUAUUUUAUUUAAUUGAUUCUAAAGAGCAUUAUAAUAUGAAAUAACUACAUAAUUCUCAUAUUUAUAUUUUGGAAUUUUAUUCAUAACUGUUGCAAAAGGAUGCUUAGUCACUAUGUACAUAUGCAGUUUAUGCUGAAGCAAAUAUUGGAAAUUUUUUUUAAGUAUUUUACCCUUUUUAUGUUCAGGAGUUCAUGUAACUGAGAUACAUCAAUAUUUACAUUAUGUGAAAAAAGAGUACGUAAUUGAAGAAUGCAUCUUAAUUUUAAGAUAAAUUGAUUAAAAAUUCAAUUAUAUCUAAAUAUUGGAUUACAGUGUGCAGGUAGUAAUGCGUUAUAUAUUUUUAGAGGAAAUUUCAACUUUUAGUGAACAAGCUUUGUUAAUAGUAAUAGGAGUAUAAUUUUUUUCCCUCCAGGAGAGAGUGGCAGUGUGGCAAACCUUUUUUUCACAAAAUGUAUGAGGAGAACAUACAAAUAGUUAUUUAUUUUGUGCUAACUAUUAAAACUUCUGUUUUUUAAAAUUGUAAUGGCUGGCAUAUCUUGUAUAAGUGACAUAACUUGUGCAUAGCCGUAUGAAGUGAAAAAAAAUAUUUAAUAUGCUUUGAUGAUUUCAAAAAGUAAACAGUUUGUAAAUUUAUAAACAUUAAUGAAACUGAUUUUGUGAUUGCAUGAUAAGCAUUAAAUUUUUUUUAUUUAAAAAAAAAAAAAAAAAAAAGGCUUCCCUUCCUUAUAAACUGUCUGCAAGGGAAAUUUUAGAAAGUAUUAAA